AGCGGCCACCUUCGCGCAAGGAGAGAGAAAGAAAAUAUUAAAAUUACGAUAUUCAUGCGCCGUGCUCCGAGUUUUCAGUACGGGAAGGUGCCGCUGGCGGAGGAGGAGGCCGCGAUGGCCCGGCUCAGCCUGCGCGAGCUGGCGGACCUCGCCAUCGGAAUGCCCGAGGUCGGGGCCGUCAACUUCAACGCCCUCCACAGCCUGCUGCACGCCAUCCUGCAGCACCUCAACCUGCAGGACGUCGAGAUGGAGAUGCGGGAGGAGAGCCUGAAACCUCUGCCCGGGCCUCUGCUGGAGAGGGCCCAGUUCUCGGAGAAGGAGAAACCUCUCUAUGACAGCUUGGAGAAGAAGGUGGUCAGGGUGGAGGCCCAGCUCCAGGACAUGGGCCAGCAGCUCCAGGAACUGGAGAAGCAAAUGGCCACCCUGGAGAAGUUGCCUUCUGGGACAGACCUGCUGGAGAGGACCAAGAGCAGCUCACAAGCCACCUCCGUGGUGGCCGACAUGUGGCAGAUGAUGCAGAUGAAGAAAAAGAUUGAAGCUAACGAGAGCGGCGUCUCCAAGGCCAUGGCUCUCUUCCAGGAUCUUCUCACCGAGAUGAGUGGGGUGAAGGCAAACCAGCUCCAUAUGGAGGAGGACAUCCAAAAGAUCAAGGAGCUGCUUGGCUCGGUGACAGCCCAGGAUGCCACUGACCAGCUGCGGAGCCUGCUCCACGACCAGGCGAGGCCAGACAGGGACAUGGAGGUCACAAAGGGCCACUCCUUCCAUGGCGAGCGCCCCGGAGCGGCUGCCAGGGCCUCGGGAAUCCAGCCCAGCCCCAGAGAGGGGACUCCAGGGAUGCAGCCUGACACCCUGGGGACACGAGCAGGGAUGCCAGGAGCGCCAGCUACCUGGACAGGCCCUUCCACAGAAGGGACAAGGAUUUCUGAUGCUGGUGCCAGCACCCCAGGGACACAAGCAGGGUCCCCUGGCACUGGGACUACUGUCCCAGGGGGACAGCAAGGGUCUCCUGGCACCCAGGCCACCGUCCCAGGAGCACAACCAGGGUCUCCUGGCACCCAGACCACUGUUCCAGGAGCACAAUCAGGGUCCCCAAGCACCCAGACCACCAUCCCAGGAGCACAACCAAGGUCUCCUGGCACCCAGGCCACCAUCGCAGGAACACAGCUGGGGUCCCUUGGCACUGGGACCACCAUCCCAGGGGCACAGGCAGGGUCUCCUGGCACUGGGACCACUGUCUCAGGGACACAGCCGGGGUCCCCUGGCACCCAGGCCACCAUUGCAGGAACACAGCCGGGGUUCCCUGGCACUGGGACCACCAUCCCAGGGGCACAGGCAGGGUCUCCUGGCACCCAGGCCACCAUUGCAGGAACACAGCCGGGGUUCCCUGGCACUGGGACCACCAUCCCAGGGGCACAGGCAGGGUCCCCUGGCACCCAGGCCACCACUGCAGGAACACAGCCAGGGUCUCCUGGCUCUGGGGCCACCAUACCAGGGACACAGCCAGCACCACCAGGGGUCCAAGCAGGAGGUGCAGACAUUCAGCCAAGACCCUUUAGCAGCAGAUCCAGCCUUUCUGACACUCAGAGGAUCCCCGCUGAAGCCAGACUUGGUGCUCCAGGAGCACAGACUGAUGCUGUGAGCCCUGAGGAGGGUCGUGAGGCUUUGCCCAGCACGCAGCGUGCCCCAGCAGGCUUCCCUACAGCCCAGCAUGGCCCUCCAACAGCAGACUCUACUGCAGCAGCCCGCCAGCCUGAGAUCCCCUCCGGCACAGGUGCCAGGACCACGUCCUCUUUGCAAGAGAGGGACAUGCUGGCCAUGCUCAGGGAGUCUGCAGGCUUGCCCGGUGCCUCUGACCGCCGCAUGGAGCUGGAGGAGGCUCUCCGCCAGGUCGGGCAGCUUGGCAGCCUCUACGCAGCCUUGAAGGAGCAGGUGGCCCAGCUGGAGCUGACCAAGUGCGACCGAGCCGAGCUUGAGAAGCUGCAUCUGCUCUUCAUGGAGGCAGAGCAGAAGAGCAGCCCACGCAUCCUGGAUGACAUCCUAGGCCAGGUGGCUUCUCUGCAGACCGUGGCCAGUGACCUGCAAGGUGAAAAGGCAAAGAUCAAACAGCUGCAGAACAUCAUCGAAAGGAUGGCACUGGCAGGAGCAGACCAGAAGGCAGAGGGCACCAAUCAGAUAAACCUGCAGUUAGGUUGUCUCAGGUCCAUGGUGCAAGAGAUAGAGAAGGAGCUGAAGGAGCUGAGAGAGAAACAGGAUGGAGCCAAAGCCAAACUGGAGCAGUCAGUGACUGAUGUGGCUGACCAUCUGCAGGAGCAGCUGGACAAGCUGAGGUCUGUCAUGGAGAACAUGAUGGCCUCGUCUUCAGCCUUGCUGUCGAUGAGUGUGCCAGCGAACCCGGAGUUGAGGCAAGAGGAGGCGCAGGCCACGUGCCCGGCCUGCAGCCUAGACGUCAGCGAGCAGGUCAGGCAGCUCUUCCAGCGCUACGAGCAGCUCCAGCACUUGGUUGACUCCUUCAUGGCACGGCAGGCAGAGAUCAAGGCAGCGAGGCAGCUGCCAGCAAGGAGCCAGCAGGAUGAGGUACUUCUGAAGCAUAUCCAGGCCACCAUUCUGCAGGUGCAAGAGGAUUGUGAGAAGCUUAACUCUAUCACAGGGGAUCUCGUGGAUGACCAUCGCCAGAAGCAGAAAGAUAUUGAGGCUCUGUUCCAGUCUCUGGAGAAGUUGGAAAAGGAGAAAGCAGACAAGGAGGAUUUGGUGACAGAAAUCAAUGAGAAAGCAGAUAAAGUUGCCCUGGCUGGCAAAGUCAAUCGCAUUCAGUUUGAUGCAACCAUGGAGCACCUGAAUAAAAUGAUUCAGGACAUGCUGGACAGAAUCACGGGUCAGGAGCAGGACUGGCAACAGAUCCAGCAAAAGCUCGUUGAAGAGAUGGACUCCAAGCUGGACCGCCUGGAGCUGACGCCGUUCCGCCAGCGGCUGGAGGAGCGCUGGAAGAACCUCCUGAAGCAGCUCCAGGAGAAGGCGCCGCGGCUGGAGGCUGAUGAUGCAGCUGGAAUUAGGAAGCAGCUGCUGGCUCAUUUCCACUGUGUGUCCUGCGACAGGUCCCUCAACGUGCUGGUGCCUAGCCCGCACGUCCUGGCCAUCCCGUCCAUGCCGGCGUUACCCUCGCGCCACUCAGUGCGUCCCCACACCGUCUUCGAGCUGGAGCAGAUACGGCAGCACGGCCGCAGCCUGCGCUCGGGCCCGGCCGGGCCUCACUCGCCCCUCGACGCUCUCCUGCUGGAGCGGGGCACGCGGAGCCUGCGCUGCGCCCACGACCAGAUGACCAGGGACAUGGAGAAAGUGCAGCUCCACUACGGCGGCAGCGCGAGAGCCAGCCCCGAAACGAUCAGGGACCUGCUGCAGCUGCCGUGCCUCGGCCCCGUGCACCGACGCGAGCGGGCGGCCGAGUGCGGGUACCUGAGCGUGCCGCGGCACUGCGGGGGCCGGCACACCCUCACCCACCCGCUGCAGCGCUGCGCCCGCCUCCAGCACCUCGCGCGCUGCGUCCCGGCACAGCUCGAGGCCGGCCCCGUGCUCACGCUGAUGAAGCACGACGAGGUGGAGCUCUUGGGCCAGGACGGCCACGUCUACAAGGGCCGGAGGGAGACGCGGCUGCCCGCCAUCGCGGGGAAGGACGGCUCCCUGAAGAAGAAGGCCAAGCUAUCUCGCGCCUCGUCCCGCAGGCCGGGGGCCGCCCAGGACAUGGCCGUCCUGUCAUCUCGGCCCCAGAGCGCCUUGACACCGGGCACCGCCAGGUCGCCCGAGGACAGGCCAGCCUCGUCGCACGGUCCCCUGUCGCACGCUCCGGGCCCCGCCGGCGUCCCCCGGCCGCAGGGGCAGGAAAGCGACGCCCCCGCGGCAGAGAGGGAUGCGGAGGCGCCGGCCGAAACCCCCACGGCCACGGCACCGGGCGGGCGAGCCGGCGGCCCCGUCGGGGCGGCUGCUGCGGGCCGGGAGGCCGAGCAAUAAAGGGCGCCGGGAAGCGGCGGGCCCGCGCGGCCGGGGCGGCGGCGCCGGCUCUUCCGUGGCGUCUCCUUCACAGCGUCCUUCGUCCGGGCACGGGGAAGGAUCUUCCCCCCUCCCCACCACCACCACCACCGCCACCGGGGAUCUGCAAGCGGUUUGGGGCUGCUCUGCGGAGCCCCGGCCGAGCUUGGCGCACGUCCCCUCCUCGUGUCUCGGAGCAGCCUGCAGGCAGCAGGCUCCGGCCUUUUGCCGCCUUUGGGCGUUUCGAAGGCUUCGGGGGCGCUUCGCGCCGCUGGCGCGUUACCACGGGGCUCUGGGCGCUCCGUCGGCUGCAGUUUCCUACCAGGAGCGCUGCCCCUCCUGCUACUUCCCAGCCCGGGCGCCUCGCCCCCAAACCCGCUGGUGCUCCCCGAGUGCCGCCGG